AUGUCCAACAUCGCUGAAGUUCGUGAGAAGAUAUUCGAAAGGAAGGAAGCACAACGAAUUAUUAUCAAAGUGCAUACAGAGAAGCUGGAUUCUCAAGAUUACCGUGUCUCAGCAUACAAUUUUGUCAACGAAAUCUUUCCUGACUGGGAGAACGACAAGCGAAUUCUUUUUCUCGCGAUUGAAAUAUGGGGAGACCGCACUUAUAUGGCCGUUGACAUCAAUAAUUAUGACUACAACUUUGAUACGGCACACAAAAACAAAACUAUCCUUCCAGUCUAUGUGCUCUGGCAGCAUAGGCGAAGAGGCUGGGUCAUGAUAAGAUGGCCCCAGGAAGAUGAGCGCCUUGCUACAAAACUAGCUGACCUUCAUAAUGUUAAUGGGUUUGAUGCCACAACACCUUUUCUUGAAAACUACAAUACACGGAUUGUGCACGCCAAUCCGCGCGAGUUUCCUGAGAGUUGA